UCCACAGGUGGGGAGCCUUUGUUAUUACAUUAUCGCUCAGCACCGAACGUGCUCGUGAGAUCGGCGAUAUUAUGUUCCUCUGCUAUGCCGUAUCUGUUGCCUCCUCAACCACUUCUAAUCAAAGAUCCCGAAACUGGGGAAAUAACUCGAUACACAGGAGGAGGUGCUUUCGCCUCAGAAAACAGUUAUUUCAUGGACGGAUCAUUGCAAGCUGAUACUCCUCAAGAAGGACUCGGUGAGAUGUUCCAUGCGCAUGUAUUUAUUACUAGUCAAGUGAACCCGCAUAUUAUACCGUUUUUCUUCUGGAAUAAGGGGGAGGCGGGACGACCACUGAACUUCUGGCGUGAAUGGAGAGGAGGAUUUUUGCUCAGUUCGUUGGAGGUUUUCUUGAAGGAAGAGUUGAGGAAGAAUGCCCGUCUUGUGAGCCAGCUGGAGCUCCUCCCCCAACAUUACUCUGCGGACUGGUCGAGACUCUUCUUGCAGACUUUCGAUGGGAAUAUUACCGUCACUCCACCUACGUUGAAGUUCUGGUACUUCACCCAGAUUAUGACCAACCCUACACCUGAAGUUAUGGAGGAUUACUUCCAGGAAGGCCGACAGAUGAUAUUCCCGAAAAUGGAAAUGAUUCGGCUGCGGUUCAAAGUUGAUAAUGCUAUCACUAGACUCCAUAGAGCGGUCCAAGCUAGAUGGAGUGUAACGCCUUUGAACCGACCCCCUCCUGAGGCGGUGGAAGAGUUGGGAGAUAACGAGGAAAGUACACCGUCGUCGUUGGAUAUGAUCAGAUCAGAAGCGGGAAGGUACACUCUUAGACGGAGAGCUUCCAGUCGUAAAGUGAGUAGGAUGUGAUGAGUCUAGCUGCAGUUCAUUUCGUGCAUUAAC